UCCACCCUCAGCAGUGAUCAUGUAGCCUGCAGUAUGCACUGUAACCUUGGGAAAUAAGACUCAUCACUAUACACUUCUUUAUCUUUCGGUUUCAUGAAAGACGAGAGACCGCGUCUCGUUAUAUUCUUAUGCAUUGACUCAUCUUGAGUCAUUUCUGAUUUAAAUAUAUGUAUUGUCCUGAUUGAUUUUAUUUUCAAAUUUUAAAUGUCUACUUCAAUUGCUGGAUUAGAAGAAAUGGAUAUGAAGUCUAUUUUAGCCGGAGGUCGAAAUGUUUUGUGCUUGUUUGACGUGGACGGAACGCUGACAAACCCGAGAGAGAAGAUCGACCCUGAGCUGGACAAGUUCUUCCAGACCUUGAGAAAAAAGGUGAAGAUCGGCGUGGUGGGUGGAUCAGAUUAUUCCAAAAUCGCAGAACAGCUCGGAGAAGGAGAUGAAGUCAUACACAAGUUUGACUACAUCUUCGCCGAAAAUGGAACCGUGCAAUACAAAGAGGGCAAACUCAUCUCCAAACAGGCCAUUCAGAAUCAUCUGGGCGAGGAGUUACUGCAGGACCUCAUCAACUUCUGUCUCAGCUACAUGGGGCUCAUCAAGCUACCCAAGAAACGAGGGACGUUCAUUGAGUUCCGUAAUGGCAUGAUCAACAUCUCGCCCAUUGGACGCAGCUGCACGCUAGAAGAGCGAAUCGAGUUCUCUGAGAUCGACAAGAGAGAGAAGAUACGAGAGAAGUUUGUGGCGGCUCUGCAAGAAGAGUUUGCAGGAAAAGGUCUGCGGUUCACCAGAGGGGGUUUGAUCAGUUUCGACAUCUUCCCGGAGGGCUGGGACAAACGCCUCUGUCUGGACGUCCUGGAACAGGAAGGAUGGGACACCAUCUUUUUUUUCGGCAACGAAACUUCGCUGGGUGGAAAUGACUAUGAGAUCUUCGAGGACCCUCGUACCAUCGGUUUCACCGUCCGCUCCCCUGAAGACACGGCGAGGCUCUGCAGAGAGAUGUUCUUCAGCGCUCCGCCCAAUGAGUCGUGAAGCGUCUGCGUCCAUCUGCACACACUGCUGGUCACUGUGGGCAAACACAUGCAGAUCAACCCAAACCACACCUCUGCUGAUCUGCAGACCGAAGGGACUGC